AUGCAAAUAUGGAGUGCAGUUUUGGAUGGUUAUGACUCAUCAGUUAAUCAUUUAAAAUCAGAAGUAAGCAAUGAGUGGAGAAGUCGGAAUGAUCGAAGUUUGAGUUCUACUGGGAGAAUAUAUUAUCCCCGGCAGCAGCUUCAAACGUCCGCACUAGUUUAUUGUGCACUACAGGUAGCAUUUAUAUCAUUUUUAUUCAGUUACUAUGGAAUUAGUACUGGCCAUAUUGUAAGGCCUGUUUUAUCGUGGACAUUAAGAAAUUUUCAAAAGCUGCAUUUAGCUAACGGUUUAUUUAAUAAAUUGCGCGAACUAGUAAGUUACGUUCAGUCGUCAAUAGUCGGUGGAAGUACUUCAGAGCACAAUCCAAAAACAACCAUUUCUCCAACAAAAAAAAACAAAGCCAGACAAAAAGUAGAUAUUCAGCAUAUCGCAUUUCUGGAGAAAAUUGAUAGUACACUGCCUGUUUUCACAAAAGCGCAAGCUAUAUGUUAUUCAAGUCUCAUAUUGAUUAGUCUAUGGAAAACCCUUUCCAGGGAGCAGUUAUCUUUUUUUGAUGGUACGAGACCUUCCAAAGGAACUUAUCUUGCAAUUUUGGGUCGUAUAUACGAUGUACAAAAAGGUGUCAAGCAUUAUGGUCCUGGUGGCUCCUAUCAUUUUUUUUCUGGUCGUGACGCAACGCGAGCAUUUGUUAGUGGUGAUUUUUCUGAAAAAGGUCUUGUAGAUGAUAUUGACGGAUUUGAUUAUCAGGAUUUAUUAGGCAUUUUUGACUGGAUCAAAUUUUAUGAGAAAGAUUACGAUCUUGUUGGUUAUCUUCAAGGAACAUACUAUGAUGUUUAUGGCCAACCAACGUCACGUUUACUGGAUGUAAUUAAGCUGAUAGAGAGAGCACUAAUUUGGAAAGAUAAUCAGGCAGAAGAUAUGAAAAUUUUCCCACCAUGUAAUUCAGAUUGGCAUAAAGAAACUGGAGGAAGAGUUUGGUGUUCUACGAAAAGUGGUGGAGUCGAACGAAGUUGGGCUGGUGUUCCUAGGAAGCUGUUUGAUCUGGGAUCAAAGUCUUAUCGAUGUGCUUGUGUGAGAAAUUUCGGUGAUCCUCUUUCAAAUUUUCCUGGAGUGAAUAGAAAUAGUGGAUACGGAGACCUACAAAAUCCAAAUCUGAAGGAAUAUGAGGGUUGCAAACCAACAUCUAACGCCUGUCGUGUUGAUAACUCUAGUUAG